AUGCCCGGUCUGCCAUCUUCUGUCGAUCUCGACCGAUGUAUAGAAAGUCUCUACAAGAAAAACCUCCUCGCCGAAUCCGUUAUCGAAGCAAUAUGCGCGAAGACGAAGGAGUUAUUAAUGCAAGAGAGUAAUGUGGUUCAUGUGCUGGCACCCGUCACUGUGGUGGGAGAUAUACAUGGUCAAUUUUUUGAUUUGAUAGAGAUAUUCAAAAUUGGGGGUUUCUGCCCAGAUACAAAUUACCUGUUUCUAGGUGACUAUGUGGAUAGAGGCAUGUUCAGCGUCGAAACGAUUUCUCUUCUUGUCUGUCUUAAACUACGAUACCCGCAUCGCGUUCAUUUAAUACGAGGAAAUCAUGAAUCGAGGGGAGUCACUCAGUCGUACGGCUUCUAUACGGAGUGCUCCAGGAAGUAUGGGAAUGCGAAUGUAUGGCAUCACUUUACGGAUAUGUUUGACUUUCUUACAUUGAGUGUGGUCAUAAAUGAUCAGAUAUUUUGUGUUCAUGGAGACCGUUUCCGCGAGAUCCCUCACGAAGGACCCAUGGCCGACCUAGUUUGGUCUGACCCCGACCCAGAGCGCGACGAAUUCUCCCUCUCACCCCGCGGCGCUGGUUACACAUUCGGCGCGCAAGUUGUGAAAAAAUUCCUCGAAGUAAACAAAAUGUCGCACAUAUUACGCGCCCAUCAACUCUGCCAAGAAGGCUAUCAGGUCCUCUAUGACGAUCGGUUAAGUACCGUGUGGAGCGCUCCCAAUUACUGUUACCGAUGCGGGAAUAUGGCAAGUGUCCUGGAAGUCAGUGAUACGGGGGAGAGGUUCUUCAACGUAUUUGCGGCCGCGCCAGAAAAUGAUCAGCAUAAAGGUGAAAUGCAGCAAGCAGGGCAGGACAAGACGGCUGAUGGUAGUACGCUGCCAGAUUACUUUCUGUGA